UUUCUCAAAACACAACAAAUUCAUCUGCCUCUUCUUGUCUUGACGUCAACUGUUGCACAAAUCUCACUGAAACUACAGAAAAAAAACAAUGGCUACUCCAAUCAGAUUUGUAGCCUUAGCUCUCGUGAUCCUCUCGGUAUCAAUACUCUCCUCGUCUCUAGGAAGAGUUGUCACAGAAACAGAGACGAAGCGGAACGUGGCGGAAGUGCGGCUCAUGUACGAGCGAUGGCUCGUGGAGAAUCGGAAGAACUAUAAUGGUCUUGGAGAGAAAGAGAGACGAUGCAAGAUCUUCAAAGAAAACUUGAAGUUCAUAGACGAACACAAUUCUCUUCCGAAUCAGACUUUUGAAGUCGGGUUGACCCGGUUCGCAGAUCUAACAAAUGAUGAGUCAGCUAUUUACUUGAGGAAGAAGAUUGAGAGACCUAAAGAUUUCAUGAAAGCUGACAGAUAUUUGUACAAAGAAGGAGAUAUUUUGCCUGAUGAAAUCGAUUGGAGAGCGAAAGGUGCAGUUGUACCAGUCAAAGAUCAAGGAAACUGUGGAAGUUGUUGGGCGUUUUCUGCGGUUGGAGCAGUGGAAGGGAUAAACCAGAUCAAGACCGGAGAAUUGAUAUCUUUGUCAGAUCAAGAACUCAUUGACUGUGACAGAGGCUUUGUUAACGCUGGAUGUGAAGGUGGUGUCAUGAACUAUGCUUUUGAGUUCAUUAUUAACAACGGUGGUAUUGAGUCAGAUCAAGAUUACCCUUAUACCGCCACCGAUCUUGGCGUGUGCAAUGCCGAUAAGAAGAACAACACUCGUGUUGUUAAGAUCGAUGGUUACGAGUAUGUUGCUCAAAACGAUGAGAAGUCUUUGAAGAAAGCUGUUGCUCAUCAACCUGUUGGUGUUGCCAUUGAAGCCAGUAGCCAAGCUUUCAAGCUUUACAAAUCCGGUGUGUUUACAGGAACAUGUGGAAUAUAUUUGGACCAUGGUGUGGUAGUGGUUGGGUAUGGAACCUCAAGUGGUGAAGAUUACUGGAUCAUUCGUAAUUCAUGGGGAUUGAAUUGGGGAGAAAACGGUUAUGUUAAGCUCCAACGUAACAUCGAUGAUUCAUUUGGGAAAUGCGGUGUAGCAAUGAUGCCUUCUUACCCGACCAAAUCAUCAUUCCCAUCGUCAUUUGAUUUUUUGUCUGAGAUUUGAUUUGACUUGAUCUUCCUGUAAAUGAUUAAGAACUAAUUUCAAUAUUUUACUACAUAAUUCAAUAUUGGGUCAAGUCAAGUAUAUAUUUGAAAGCCCUCACAACAUGUUAAGGUUAAUGAAGAUUUCAAUCUUAUCUUGUAUUUGAACCUUUUUGGCAGCACAAUCUAAGUCGAGAAAGAAAUGCGAUGCUGAUGGUUUUGGUUGUUGUCACAUGCUCUGUUUUUUUUGCUUUAUGUAUGUCAGCUGCCACAGUUCCUCUAUAAUAUAAUCUAUAUUCAAUAUCCAUUUUCAUUGUGUGGAAUUGCAUGAGUGCUCUAUAGUUAGUCAAAAACUGCAUGAUCAAACAAUUGUGAGGCGGAUAUAGAAGCUUGUUUGUCAAGGCAUUGUAGUAUAUAUCUAUCCAAGUCUUUGUUUGCCAUUUCAGUAAUCCCCUGGCCCAAAUGGAUUUGCUUGAUCAUUUAUCAGAUAUUUCUACGAAGUAGUAUUAUUGUAAACACCUGAAGUAGCCAAAGCCAUUUGUUUUUUUUUUGCGGAUCCAAGACCAAGAGAAAAGUUAGCUUAAUCACCCAUAAAAAAUAUAAGUACAGCUUUAAGAACGAAAUUGAAUAUUUACAUCAUAAUCCAAUGGGCUUCCAUAUAACUCCAGUCUUAUAUCAGCACUUGGAGAACUUGUUUAGC